AUUACACAGCCCGUUCCAACAUUCGGCGUCUCCGGCGUGUCGGUAUGGGCCGCCUUGGUGUUCGAGAUCGUGAUGACAUUCGGUCUCGUCUACACCGUGUACGCCACCGCCGUUGACCCCAAGAAGGGAGAAAUCGGAAUCAUUGCACCCAUCGCCAUCGGUUUCAUCGUCGGAGCUAACAUUCUCGCCGGAGGUGCCUUCACCGGAGCAUCCAUGAACCCCGCCGUGUCUUUCGGACCCGCUUUGGUGAGCUUCAGCUGGGCCAACCACUGGAUUUACUGGGCCGGACCUCUCAUCGGAGGUGGCCUCGCCGGAGUUAUCUACGAGAUCUUCUUCAUCAGCCACACCCACGAGCCCUUGUCGGAAUUCUAAGAAUAUUCCGGCUGAAAAAUAUCUGCGUUUUUUUUCUUCUUUGAUUUCACCCUCCGUUUGUGCUUGUUGUAAUUUCUUGAUGAGGAGUUUUAAUUUUUAAUUUGGUUAUUUCCUCUUUGAAUUUGUUUGGACGUUGAAUUUCAAAUGUAAUUUCUGUAUUUUUAAUUUGCACGCCCUUAUGUUUAUUCUUUCUGGGGUCAAUAAUUUAAUUUGUAUUUAUCUCUUU